AAUAUUGUUAUAUAUAGCUGAUUGAGUUUGAAAUUCUUUAUUGUUUUUUAGCAAUUCAAACUAUUCAGAAGAGUAUGAAUCUAACCAUAGAACUCAGGCAAUAGAGGGCCUGCUGAUAUUAUCUGGCACAAAUUGAGGUUUCCCAUUACUGACCUGUGACAAUAAUGUGUUGUAAUUGCCGUAGUCAAUGUUGAUGUUUACUAUUGGAGUAUGGACUGCAUUCAGCAUGGUCGUUUAAAACACACACAAACACACACACACACACACACACACACACACACACACACACACACACACACACACACACACACACACACACACACACACACACACAUUGUUUUGUACCAGCAGGAAGUCUGCUGUCGUCGCUCCCCCUAUCCAAUAGCAUAAUGUUUGGUUUGAAUUUCUUUUAUUCCCUUUGAAAUCUUGCGAUUACAGAAACAGCAAUGAGGAACUACAAAUCUCCCUUGUCAUUUAUCAUCGGUGUAUGCAUUGGAUUCAGCUUCUUUCAUAAUAAUGUGUACCAGCUGAUAAGAUCGCCCUCUUCCAACCCACGCAUCGACUGGCGAGCAUACAAACCUGUUGUGCAGGUUAACCACACAGGCGGGCAGCAGAAGGCCCCGGACCCUGCCCAGCCCCGGAUCCUGUGCUGGAUCAUGACGGGGCCCAAGUACCUGGAGGGACGCACCCGCCACGUGCGCGACACCUGGGCCAGGCACUGCGACACGGCGCUGUUCAUGAGCUCCGAGGAGACGGACUUCCCCACGGUGGGCCUUAAUGUCAGCGAGGGCCGGGACCAGCUCUACUGGAAGACCAUCAGAGCCUUCCAGUACGUCCACCGGCACCACCUGGACAGCGCCGACUGGUUCCUCAAGGCCGACGACGACACCUUCGUGGUGGUGGAGAACCUGCGGCGCCUGCUGUCCCGGCAGGACACGGAGCAGCCGCUGUACCUCGGCCGCCGCUUCCACCCCUUCGUGAAGCAGGGCUACAUGAGCGGCGGCGCGGGCUACGUGCUGAGCCGCGAGGCGCUGCGGCGCUACGUGGCGGCCUUCCAGAGCGGCCUGUGCACGCACAACAGUGACAUCGAGGACAUGGCCCUGGGCAUGUGCAUGGAGAAGGUCCAGGUGCGACCGGUGGACACCAGGGACAGACUCGGGAGGCACACCUUUCAUCACAUGACCCCUGAGGUGCUGGUGCCCCGAGUGGGACGCUCUAAGUCCAGGCCCUGGUAUCUCCUCUAUGAGCACUACAGGGUGGUAGAGGGCCCGGGCUGCUGCUCAGAUUUCGCGGUCACAUUUCACUACGUGGAUAGUGUUCACAUGCACACGCUGCAGUAUUUAACCUACCACCUCCGGGCCUACGGCUACAAGCACCGGUACCAGCCGGACCCACCGGAGGACGGGGCCGGGGCCCCUGGGAAGAGCAGCGUGGGCCAUCCGCCCCACCACAGGAACACCACCUGAGUAGAAGGCUGUGUGGGUAUGGGUGUGUGUGUAUGGGUUGUUAGCAGUGUGUGUGUGGGUGGCUGUGUGUGUGUGUGUGUGUGUGUGUGUGUGUGUGUGUGUGUGUGUGUGUGUGUGUGUGUGUAUGUGUGUGUUUGUGUGUGUGUGUGUGGCGGGGGGUUGGCUGUGUGUGUGUCUGUGUUUGUGGCUGUGUCUGUUAGUGUGUGUGUUUGGCUGUUUGUGUGGAUGUGGAUGGGUGGGUGUUGGAUUUGUGUGCGCAAGAGCAGUCUUUCAUUUUAAGUUGUAUUUAAAUUUUAAUGUAAUUACAAUGUGUCAACAUUUUUAAUACCAUAAAAUAUUUACAUUGCUAAGAUACAUUUAUAUAUCUAUGUAUAUAUACUUUUAACUGUUAUUAGAAAAGGUUAUUGAAAAAUAUAUUUUUCAUUGAUCAUGAUUCACAUGGUUGUUGAGAUACAUUUAUUUGGUAUAUACACUGACUUUACAAAACCUAUGGAUUUGACGAUGUUAGAUAAUUAAGAACAUUUUCAGAUAAGCACCAAAGAUUGUCCUUAACAUAUUCAUGAAAACAGUUAAGGUUAUUCACAGUAUUAUUAAAGUGUCCUAAAUGAACCCACUGAAAAUACAUAAAUGAUUGAACAAAUUAGUAAAAAAAAACGUAAGAAGAAAGUGACAAGAAGUAAAUAGCGUAUUGUGGUAUUUCCUUCUAAACGAAUAAUGAGUCUAUCACUCAAGGCGCGGUGUUCUGUUGUUGCUCCACAAUGUCCGUCAAUGGAGCGGGAUGAUGUUCAAGCGCUCUGAGGUCCUGAUCUCAUGAGGUCCAACAGUGAGCCACAGACCCCCCCCCCCCCCCUCCCCCAACACCACCACCACCACCACCUGCCCACCCCACCUUGAUGUCUGUUACGUGUAGACGCAGGCGUCCCUACAGUCCGCGUCGGCCUUAAAGUUGUUUUGGUUGCCCUGGCAACCUCCGUACCAGAACUGGGCGCAGGCGUUGGCCUCUGGGUCGUAAUACCACCUCACCAGGUACUCCCGGCAAGGCCCCGGGUCCAAGGGCUGGUCACAGCCAGAAUCUGGAGUGAUGACAGAAGGGCAGAGACUUGAUCUGGUUCCGGUGACACCAUCGGCAUUAGAAAUGUAUCGGGAGGAAUUCUGAAAAAAUAAAGAAAUCGCUUCUG